AUGCCAAUCGACGAUGUCUUUCCUGCGCUUCUGACUAGCUCGAGGUUGACAGCGGUAUCAACAGACAAGGGUCCUCAAAUAAGAACCAUCUACGACGUCAAGUUUUACCCGUACAACACCAUCGACGAUGACCAGGUUUUUGCCUUGGUUGCUGAAGAAUGUGUGGCCGUGUGCCGCACGAAGUUGGGCUCAGAACCGCAUUUUGAGGUGUUGAGCUGGAUCGUGGACGAAGAGGAAUCAAUCGCGUCUUACAACAGUCUUGUAUGGACCAAACACCCCACAACGCGGAAGCCGCUGCUUUGCAUCGCGGGUCACAAACCGAAGCAUAUCAAGAUCCUGGACGUGGAAACUGGCAGACCAGUUCGGAAUCUUGUUGGGCAUGGAAAAGGCAUCAAUGACCUUGCGGUAUCCCCACUCUCCACCAGCCUCCUGUUUUCAGCUGCAGAAGAUAACACGAUCCGCCUAUGGAACCUCGAGCCUGAGUACGAGAAGCAACCAUGUGUGGCGCUCUUCGGCGGCGAGGGUCACAAGUCGCCUGUAUUAGCCAUGCACCUACAUCCGAACGGCAAGUGGAUGCUCACCGGUGGCAUCGAUACCGCGGUGUGCUUGUGGGCUGUGCCAGAUCUCGAAGAGUUGCGAAGAGAAGAUGGCAGCCCGCCUGACCAGGAGCCGAUGGUUGUCUAUCACCCACAUUUCUUCUCCAAGGAGGUACAUUCCAACUACGUUGACAGCUUUGCCUUCUACGACGAUCUAAUCAUCUCUCGUGCGGCACGAGAUCCGAAAUACCAGGACAGAAAUGAGAUCUUAAUUUGGAGAAUCGAAGGUUUCGACCCUGAAGCUACGCGACCUUCUCAGCCGCCUAUACCUGAAGGCCUCCGGCGAACGCGCACAUCAUUCACCUCUGAUGAAGGCCUUGCAUUCAAGCGGCUGCUGACGUUGGACAUGCCACAUACCGACCGAUUCUACCAACGAUUCGGUUUCCUUCACGCCCCUGUGAUGAGACCUAUCUUGGCCAUGGGUGAUCAAAAGUCGAAAUUCUGUUUUUGGGACCUGCAGAGAUUGGAUGAAGGACUUGAUCCCAAGUAUGCUGCCAAGCUGAAGAAAUCAAGGGGCCGGAAAACCAAGACAGUCUCCGCGACAAACAACCUACAGAGACUCGGAGAUAUUAGGCGGAGUGAAAGUGUCGCAGAGGUCACACCGAGCACCACUCCAGAUGCGUCGUCCACCGUGACCGCCGAGCGAGAGUAUGCUCUUGCAGAUCCUUAUCUACUGAUCAAGCCUCAUCACACCGAAGAGUCAAAGACAGAGCUAUCGAAAGUCGAAGGAACUCUGCGCCACUUCGCGACUUCGCAGAUUGCUUGGAGCCCGGAUGGAACUUGGAUGAUUGCUGUCGGUGAUCUAGGCAUGAUUACCAUUUUCCAUCGGGACAAAGCUGUGGUCAACCUGCAAGACGAGACCCUGAGUGGCACCUAA